CAGGAGAGAGAGAAAAGGAGAGAGGAUGGGUGAGGUGGUACCUUCCCGAAACUUCAAAAUAUUCUUUUCAAUAGUAGUCAGAUAGAGCAUCAGCAUCCGUUGGAUUAUUCCACCAUCGACGGCUACAAAUACGCCCCACCUCCAUGGCUCUGUGAUGGCCUUCUCUGCUUUGCUGUUCUUUCAACGACAGUAAACAUAGCAAUCAGCAAUGGACACCUCCUCCUCCAUUUCCCGUUUUGCUUCAGUCUCCGCUCCCAAGUUCCGGUGCUUCGACCCCACCAUCUCCAAGCCUGCUCCCGCCAAUCACCGCCGCUACCCCCCCAUGUCCAAUGGUGCCCCGGCCCCGGACUCCUCCAACCCCGUCCCCGACCGCAAGGUCGUCCCCGGUGAAGCCGGCUAUGUUCUCGAAGAUGUCCCUCACCUGUCCGAUUAUAUCCCUGAUCUCCCGACGUAUCCUAACCCUUUGCAAGAUAAUCCCUCUUAUUCAGUGGUCAGGCAGUAUUUUGUCAAUGUGGAUGAUACGGUAGCUCAGAAGAUCGUGGUUCAAAAAGAUAGUUCGAGGGGCACCCAUUUUCGACGAGCUGGUCCUCGGCAGAGGGUUUAUUUUGAGUCGGACGAGGUUCAUCCAUGCAUUGUGACAUGCGGUGGUCUUUGUCCUGGUCUUAAUACAGUUAUCCGGGAAAUAGUUUGUGGCCUGCACCACAUGUACGGUGUCAGUAGUGUUCUCGGAAUAGAGGGAGGUUACAGAGGUUUCUAUGCUCGAAAUACGAUCCCUUUGACGCCUAAGGUUGUCAAUGAUAUUCAUAAACGUGGUGGAACAAUCCUUGGGACCUCAAGAGGGGGCCACAUUACCUCGAAAAUUGUUGACAGCAUAGAAGACCGAGGAAUCAAUCAGGUUUACAUAAUUGGAGGAGAUGGAACUCAGAAAGGUGCUGCAGUGAUUUUUGAGGAAAUCAGAAAACGUGGUCUCAAAGUUGCAGUAGUUGGCAUUCCCAAGACCAUCGAUAAUGAUAUUCCGGUGAUAGACAAGUCUUUUGGGUUUGAUACGGCUGUUGAGGAGGCUCAACGAGCUAUAAAUGCAGCUCAUGUGGAGUCAGAGAGUAUUGAGAAUGGCAUUGGUGUUGUGAAGUUGAUGGGUCGGCACAGCGGUUUCAUAGCAAUGUAUGCUACCCUUGCGAGUCGAGAUGUGGAUUGUUGCUUGAUUCCGGAGUCACCAUUUUACCUUGAAGGCCCGGGCGGACUUUUUGAGUACAUCGAGAAAAGGCUUAAAGAAAACGGGCACAUGGUCAUUGUGAUAGCAGAAGGUGCCGGACAGGAACUCUUGUCCAAAAUCAUGCGUAAAAUGGAUGAAGCAGAUGCUUCAGGGAACAAGUUACUCCAGGAUGUUGGCCUCUGGAUAUCUCAUAGAAUUAAGGACCACUUUGCAAAGCGACAAAAGAUGUCUAUAAAUCUCAAGUACAUUGAUCCGACUUAUAUGAUUCGUGCUAUUCCCAGCAAUGCAUCUGAUAAUGUUUACUGCACUCUCCUUGCUCAUAGUGCCAUUCACGGUGCAAUGGCGGGUUACACAGGUUUCACAGUGGGGCCAGUUAACGGGAGACAUGCUUAUAUUCCAUUCUACCGGAUUACUGAGAGGCAAAACAAGGUCGUAAUAACCGACAGAAUGUGGGCGAGGCUUCUCUCCUCAACAAAUCAGCCGAGCUUCGUGGACCCAAAACUGGUUGUAGCGGAGAAAGAGAGAGAAUUACAAUCCAAUGGAGCAAACGAAAAUAACCAAGUUACCAUGACGCAGACCAAAUAGCUGCCCAUGAAAGGGAAGGCUAUUGUUUUGGCUGAAAUAUCUGUGCGGUGUAUUUUAGUCCGACCGGCACGGUCAUUUACAUAUUCAUGUAUAUCUGUAUGCGUCCGCAAGUGAUUUGCCACUCUUGUUAAACUACUUAUGUGCUCUAUGUUAUUAAAUACCAUUUAACAUCUUAGUUUGCCUUAAA